AUGAACUCGAACCCUCCUCCUGUGAUCAUUUUGUAUAGGUAGAGUCUCAAUGACCCAGAGAAGAAGAAUUUCAGCAAGUUGUGGUAGUAAGAACCGAUUGAAGUGAAAGAAUUUUUUUCAAAUUUAUUUCAGGCUUUGAAAUAUUCAAAAGAUGGUAUGGCACAUACGAUUUUCGAAUUGGAGACUAGUGAUUCCCAUUCUGAGAUUUCUGAGAUUAAUUGGAAAAAUUAAGGAUUUAUUAGUGAAUAGAGUAAUUCUAUGUAAGAAUUGCUAAAUAUUUUGGAAAUAGAGAAAUUACCAAUACAGUCUGCAUUUUUGGAGAACAAUUCAAUAAAUUCAAUAGCGUAUGAUAUAAUUUAAAAGGUUAGAUAAUUGUGUGAAAGAAUGAAAACUCUGAAUAUCAACGAAGAAUUGAGUCACAAAAUAAAUGAUAGCUUUCUCAAGAUUUAAAAACUUCGUAAGUGA